AUGAUCCGGUUCAACAAAGCGGCGCUCGAAAUUCGGGACCUGAAUCUUGCUGUAGCUCUGCACCAUCUCACCACCGCCUUGAAACCAGGACCCUUUGCCAACAACAUUUGCAAAAAACCACCCACCGAUAUGGAUGACUUGCGUCGGCGAGCCGACAAGUACAUACAAAUGAAGGAGUUAGCUGAGUUCCGUAACCAGGCUAGGGCGGAGGUGGUGGCUAAACCUGAAAAGCCGACCGAGAGUUUUCGGAGCCGUCCGAAAGAACUGGUUCCUCGCGAGAAGCCCCCUCGCGGGCCAAGGUACCAUCGCAAUCGAGGACAUUCAACAGAGGAAUGCUCGGCUCUAAAGGAUAAAAUUGAAGAUUUAAUCAAACAGGGACAGCUACAAGGUUUUGUGGACCGACAGAACACAUCUCAGUACACCGACCGGUCCCGCCGGCAUGAUCAGCCUGAGCAAAGGAAGAUAAAAACACGAUCAUACAGGGAACGCAGUCGGUCAAGAGAUCGAAGGGAAGAGGAACCUUCAACACAACCUCAGCGAGUCAUCAACACCAUAGCUGGCGGGUUCGUGGGUGGUGGCUCCUCCUCGUCAACACAACGGAGGCAUUUGCGAGCCGUUCGGCACGUACAUGCAGUGGAGAAAGUUCGUCACCGCUUGCCUAGCAUAACCUUCACCGAGGCGGACUUCAAAGGUAUCGACCCCGACCAAGACGAUCCGAUGGGGAGUUCAGCCGACAUCCUUUAUCGGAACAAGUUCAAGCAGUUGGGCAUCCCGGAAUCUGAACUAGUUCCUUAUGAUGACCCUUUGGUUGGGUUCUCGGGCGAGCGGGUCAAGACAAAAGGAUACAUCAAGCUUUCGACCCGAUUUGGGUUUGAGGAAGCAGAAUACCGAGACGUUUCGGUUAAAUAUGUGGUAGUCCACGCCAACACAUCUUACAACAUUCUGCUUGGUCGGACGUCCUUGAAUCGGCUCGGGGCAAUCGUAUCCACCCCUCAUCUAGCCAUGAAGUUCCUGUAUGAGACAGGACGAGUGAUCACUAUCCAUGCCGAUCAAAAAACUGCACGCGAGUGCUACUUCGCUAGCUUGCGGUUACCGAAAAUGAACAGAGAAGUCCCCGAGGAACCGAGACGCAUCCAUUCGGUGUCACAACAAUCGGCCAUAGACCUUGACCCCCAGAUUGAUCAGGACGAGAGAGUCGAACCCAUUGAAGACAAGCAGCCUCUCCAAGUCAGAGUCUCGGACUCCUAA